AUGACUGUAAAUUUUUGUGAAAUAUGUUUAGCAGUAACUAUUUGUUCAAUAAUUACUAUUCUAUUUUAUGUCGCUUCUUGGUUAACCGAUGAAGAGAAAAAUGAAGAAGAAAAAUCUAAAGAAUUCGAUACAUCAAAUAUGCAAGGUUUAGAUAAUGAUGAACCAAUACCUCGUGGUGAACCAAAUGAAGUACUUAGUUAUGAUUCUGAAACACAUAUAAUUACUCCUGAACAUCAACCAUCAGGUGAAAUAGUACAUGAAACAUCUGAUUUAUGUCGUUUACAAGAUGAAGAUUUACGUACACGUAUUGCUAAACAUGGUUCAUUUAUAUCUAAUGAACCUAAUGAUUAUGUUAAAGUUGAACAUCAAAAUGUUGUAUUUCCAUAUGAUCCAGUUGUUCAUGCAGAUUCAAAACCUAGUCGUUUACAUUUAUCAAUUCGAUAUGAUAAUGAACGAAGUAAAUUAAUUGUUCAAAUUGUUGAUGCUCAAGGUUUAAUAUCACCUGAACAAUUAUUUUCACCUGAAAUGGAUUUAAAAUUUACAUUAAUUGGACCAUUUGAUAAUGAAGAUAUUACAGAAAAACAUACAAGAAUUUUCGUAGAUAAUGCACGUAUUGUAUGGAAAGAACCUAUGACAUUUUGUGUAACAUUUGAAAAUGCUACUAAACAUAAUUUAUAUGUUUAUGCAUCAAAUACUACCGAUCCAGCAGCACCUCAAGAUCGAGAAGUAUCAAUUCCAUUGAAUAAUCUUGAUAGUCAAGGUGGAGAAAUUAAUGAAUGGUAUGAUUUGCAAUACGUUCAGUCAUCUUAUUAA